AUGAAUUGGUUUACUGAAGGAGACAGAAACACAAGGUUCUUUCAUAACCAUGUGAAUGGCAAGAGACAGAAAUUGCAACUCAAAAGAAUUCAGAAUGGAGAUGGUGAUUGGUUGGAGUCUCAAGAUCUCAUGGCUAAUACUGCAGUGUAUUUCUUCCAAAAACAAUUUACACGAGAAGGGGAUUCUACAACUUUUGAGCUUCUGAACAAUAUGCCUAAUAUCGUAACUAUGUCACAGAAUUUGGAGCUUUGCAAGUUUCCUACCAUUGAUGAAGUUAAGAGUGCAGUAUUUGCACUAAGUGGAGAUAGUACAAGUGGUCCUGAUGGUUUUACUGGAUCUUUUUACCCGCAUUGUUGGGAUAUUGUAGGGGAGGACAUCUUCAGGUUGCUAAUAGAGUACUAUGGAGGUGCAUCUUUGCCAAAAUUGGAGAAGAUUCUUCCUUCUUUGAUCUCUGCCAAUCAGUCUGGCUUUGUGAAGGGGAGGAGUAUCUUUGAAAAUAUAUUGCUCACACAAGAAAUUGUCACAGAUAUUAGACUAAGGGGGAAGCCUGCUAAUGUUGUGAUUAAGUUAGACAUGGCCAAGGCUUAUGAUAGGGUGUCAUGGAAGUAUCUACUUCAUGUAGUGAGGAAGAUGAGAUUUGCUGAGCAAUUCAUUAACAUGAUUUGGAAUCUAUUGGCAAACAAUUGCCUUUUUAUUCUUUCUGCUGAGGUUCUAUCAAGAUCAUUGAACAAGUUGUUUGAAGACAAGAAGUUUAGAGGAUUUGGUAUGCCAAAAUGGUCUGAUCGUUUGAACCAUUUGGCAUAUGCUGAUGAUACAAUCAUAGUUUCCUCUGCUGAUCCAUAUUCAUUGAGCAAAGUGGUUGAAGUCCUUACACUGUAUGAGCAAACAUCUGGACAGCUGAUCAAUAAGUCAAAGAGCUCAUAUUUCAUGCAUGCUAAUGUAGCAGGAUAG